UCUGAAGAAAAAAAUCUGAAAAUGACCACAAAGAUUAAUGAUGCGUGUCCACCUUCACAUUCAACACUCAAUAACAUUAUGUAAUUGUUAAGGAGGUUAGAUAUUUGUUGCUAUUCUACGGUAAUACUCUACCUCACGACAAAGAAGAAUUAUUUGAAUUAAAUCAAUAUUUAGCGCACUACAACAACUUAAGAUAAGUAAACAUUUUUUAAAAUUUUGAAAUGAUAAUUAUUCCUUCUAUUUCCUUAAAUUUGACAGUUCCUAUUUGAAUUUUUUGGGUCUGAUUUUUAAAACCAUAGACAACAAACUAUAGUGUCCUCACUUUCCAGUGUAUACAGAUGGACGUUUAUAAAAAAGAACAUGGCACAAAUCGCUAAGGUUUAAUUUAAUAAAGGUUUUAUCUAUGCUCAUGUACAUGAAUCUUUCCAUUUAAAAGAUAUAACUUCCAAUUAGCUGGAGAUACAUAUUUGCAAUUGUUGUACAUAUAUAACUAUCUUUGACAUUUAAUUUCUCGCCGGCAGAGAUCUAUUAUUCCCCACAGUAUCAGUUUACAUCCCCCGUUCAAUAGUGUAGAUCCAGCUUUGAUUUCCUGUGUUUACCUUGUAUUUCUUUGAUUAUUUAGGGAUAUAAAUUGCUUUGGUCGAAGACAGCUGGUCGUGAGGUCAUUGGGCGUAUGUAAAAGAUACCCAACAUGUCGCCCAUCCCUUUGUUAACUUGUAAUUUAUUAACGAUUACGUUAGAUUUUAGCUUGUCUGUCCGCUUUUGGCUUACUUUAAAAAAAAAACAGUUCGUAUUUGUGAUGAAACUCUCAUACAUUGGUAAUUUACUCAAUACAUCAAUUUCAUUAUGGGUUGUCAACAGUUUUUUCAGAUUUUAACUCAUUUUGUUUCGUUUUGAAUCCUCGCUUUACUCUUUGGUAUUGACACCCUCUUGCAAGGAACAGACUCCUUCAAUUAAGACGAUACCCUAAAGCACAUACAAUGUAGGAGGUUGAAAUCGAAUGCCUGUAAAUUUAACCGUUGUCACAAAGCAAUACAGUGAAAAUUAAUAUUCUAAUAACCACGAAAAAAAAAAUUGUAAUAUGAAGGGAUGUCGGUCUGCAAAAUAACCGAUCGUCACGUGACUUUACCUCGCAGGAUCUUGACGUUUUGCUUUGGUAUUUCACCGUUAUACCCCUCACCCAGACCGUUAUAUAUCAACUGAAUUAUAUUGUCAGAUGACGCGGCAUUGCAAUGCUGUGAUCUUUUUACAUGAUAUUUAGCGUAUUUCAUGACUGCCGUAAGGUGAGAUCAAUGGCCGAUUCUGAGGAUUGGGUUUGCCCGCGACAGCACAUUUGACCUCCGGGUGAGCGCUGCGUCCCGGCGGAAUGUUGCCAGCCAAUUAACGCGAGAAAUUGAUCCUUCUGUGUUUUCUAAUACUAAUUACUGGGUUAUUUCAUGCACAUAUGACUAUCUAUUUUUGUUUGAUUGAUAAUAAUUGUAUAUUUUCUGGUAGAAUGAGACGCGAUUGUGGUUUCGAUUGACACAAACUGAUUGAUGUCGUAUUUCCGUGAAGUCGUUGGUUUUUACUAGUGUUUGAUACGGUUUAUUAUUUCAAACUGAUGAUACACUGUUAUAGUUGAAUUACAAAAAUAAAAUACUCUUGUAGCUAAGCUAAUUUUUCAGUGUUCAUCAAACAGGAUCCUUCUCAAGUAGAGCCUUGGUAUCAAAACACGUGCAUCUCAAAGACAAACUCAGAUUCAGAGGUAACGCCAUGGUUGGUAUCUAUACACAUAUUAACACUCCAAAUCAUGCUUUAUCGUCAAUUAAAAGGCAAACUGAAGAAGUCUCUUUGAACUACUUCCGUGGUGUGUUAAGUGGAACAAGGCGAGGAGUUUUUGUUUUUGUAAAACUUGCUGAAGUAAUUUAUCAUAUACCGGGACUGUAGUUGGAUGGGUAAGGUACAUGUUGCGGGGGUGGUCGGGGUGAGUACACACAGCAUGGUUAACGUAGACCAGACAACGGAUUGACAUGCGUUGUCAUAUGCAUUGCGCGGACUACAGAGGCCUGUAGUAGAUGCUCUGUGUAGGCAUCACGAGGGCCGUCUUUACACGUGUUGUGACCGACCCCCUGGGGCAGUAUAUACCUAUUGUUUUUCACCAUUUGUAGGGAUUAUGCGGCAUGAUUAUUGUGUCCACACGUCGGAAACUUGUCGUCAUUCUCUGACGCCAACAACACUGCUUAGAAGAUUGCGAAACCUUACAACAGGAGUCUGCGAGGAAGUGUGAAAAAUUCUGAUGUAUACCCAAUAUUGUUAUACUUUGUAUUGAUUCCAGCAGUGUAUGUAAUAUUCAUUACUGAAUAUAUUUGACGUUUAUGGCAGGUAUGUAAGGAGAAUCGACCUUUGGGGUCGUGGCGAAUGCAUUCGUCACAUUGGUAUAUUCAAUCGACCGCAAGGCUUAAACAACAAGAGUUAAAUAGCGCGUGUUGAGGUGUAACGAUGCUUUCACUAAUUCUCCAUCUCUAAACUCAUUCGAAAGGAAAAGUGGUUUGUUUAAAUCUAUCAACUUCUCGUAUUUACCUGUGUUUCAUUUGUGUGUUUUUUAGUGUACAAGUUUUAUUUAUUAUUCUUCAUAACUGACUGGAUUUACGUGAGACUUGAAUAUAAUUAAGGAAACAGAAUUCGUGAGGCAAUUUAUAAGUAGAAGCCGCUACGCGGAGAGGGCGUUAGUCUAUUCGCUGCAUAGCCUGAGUGACAGGUGGAAUGUCGUCGUCAGAGUCCCGGAUACAGGAGCAUGGUCUCUAUCUCGGAGAAGAGUGCCUCUGGAAUUAAGUGACGAACGAUAAUCUGGUGGUCGCUGCCACCAUGAAGCUAAAGUACCGAGUGUUAGGGUCCAUCUUGGGCCUCUCAUUUAUAGGGACUUGUAUGUAUUUGUUGAACACUUUACCUCGAAUUAUAGAAUACACGAAACCUUCCCCUCAUAUACGGAAACUGAUUCCAAGGAUUGUGGAUACGGAAGCCCAUUUCUCGGCGCUUCGGAAAAGGUUAAACAAAAGUAACUACACGAGUGAUGAAUUCAGUCCGGAGACGGUGGAGGGGGAGAGGGCGCAGCCCGCGGGGAGAGAGGUCAUCAAGGCCCACGAUCAAAAACCCGAAAAAUUCAGCGACGACGCCGUGGACGACAUGCUGAAGAAGCUGGGUAGGACCCACCCCAAAAUGUUUGACAUGGAAGAACUUCGUGUGACUCCCUACGAGUCAGUGUUGUGGAAUAUCAAGAAACGCAACCAUAAGAAGGGCAUUUAUUUGCCGGGGUACACCGACUCCGAGAACGGCGGAGGCGGGUCCGCCAACUGGGAGAAAUACCAGCGGGGAAUCAACCAGUAUUUCAUGUACGAGCCCGAUGACCCCGCCGUGGACGGUCUAAUGGCGGACAUGGAGCAGGAAACCGUUAUAGACGUUGAGCAGAAAGAUGGCGGUACACAGCUGAAAUUGAUCAUCACUUUUCAGGACGAAGGCCAAGCUCUGUUUAAGCCCAUGAGAUUUCCAAGAGAGGUUGAAACUCUACCGAACCAUUUCUACUUCAGUGACUAUGAGCGACAUUACGCUGAGAUAGGGGCCUUCCAUUUGGACAGAACCCUGGCCUUCUACAGGGUGCCCCCAGUGGCGGGUCGGCGCUUCAACAUGACAUACGAAAUCAAAAGACUGGCUGAUCGAAAACUCGCUAAAACCUUUUUUAUCUCACCUGCCAAUAACGUGUGUUUCCACGGAAGCUGUUCAUACUACUGUGACACUGGCCAUGCUAUUUGUGGUAACCCGGACACAGUGGAAGCGUCCCUAGCAACGUUUCUACCGCCUGAAAAAAUUGGCAGGAGAAAAACAUGGCGGAACCCAUGGAAGAGGUCCUACAGCAAACACCGCAAAGCAUACUGGGAAGUGUACGAUGACCUUUGUGACAAGGUCAGGACCAAGCCGCCGUACAACAACGAACGCAGACUCCAAGAUCUGAUCGACAUGCAUAUAUUCGACUUCUUAACAGGAAAUCUGGAUCGUCACCACUACGAGACGUUCAGGGAUUUUGGAAAUGUCACUUUCCACAUGCACCUUGACAAUGGCAGAGCGUUUGGAAAGUCGCACAAAGAUGACCUUUCAAUUUUAGCGCCGUUAUACCAGUGUUGUGUUAUAAGGUAUUCUACCUUCAUCAAAUUGUCCAAGUUUUACCUGGGACCUGAAAAACUGAGCAAUUCUUUGAGAAAAUCACUGAACAAAGACAGUUUACGCCCGAUCCUUUUAGAGCCACAUUUGAUUGCGUUGGACCGCCGUGUUGUCCUCAUCCUAAAAGAAAUCGCUAAGUGUUUGGAGAAGGGGAUAGAAGUGGAAAAUGUGAUAGUGGACGACUUCUUCUAAACCUGACAAUCAAUGUUGAUAUUAACGGAAUUCUUAAUACAGUUAAUUGGAUUCCGAGGACCAGAAACAUACGGGUACAGCAAAGCCUGUGCUGGUCGAGAUGCAAGUCCUAAAAAUAGUGCUUACGAAAUUAGUGUCGUUAACGGCCUCGUCACGUGACAAAGAGGUACUGAUUGAGUGCCUAAUGUUCAUAGAUUCUUGACUAUUGUACUGGUAACGGACCACUCAAGUCGUCCUGAACCUAUAUCAAAGAGGUGUGAACCAAAGUAAACCUUGCUUUGUAUAUGAUAGAUUUGUUGAUUAUUAAUCCAUCAGUUCACCGACAGGACUUUGUGAACUGACUGGAAUACAGGUAUUACGUGAGGAAGUUUACAAACUUUGGUCAUCGUCAUUCUUAAUCAAACGAUGGAGUGAUAUUGAAAACCUCUGUUUUUUGUUGUAAUUUAACUGUAUUAAUUUUUUUCCCUCUAUAUCAUUGCAUAUUAUGUAACAAAAGAGUCGCCAUAUUGAGGAUAUAUCUGUCUUUGUAUACGCGGUGCUGGCGUUCAUUUGAUGAACUGCAAAAAUCAUGACUAUUUAGAUCCCAGGGAUCUGUUGCAUUCAUAGGGUAAUAGGAUUGGCGUUCCUGGAUUCACGACCCCGUAAAUCAAUUCAAUAAUGUUUCUUUGACGCAUGGUAAUAGCAAACGAGAUUAAUGAAGAUUGCAAGAACAAAUUGUUUUUAAUUUAUUUCUUCGAUUUUCACAAUGACCCUUAUGUAAAACAUGGUUGUUUCGCAGUUUCAUCCGAACAAGAUUUUGGAAUGGGGGAUCCACCAUAACAUGACAUAUUAUUGAAUACCGGACUUUCUUGUCCGCCAAGGAAUACAUUCCUUUAUGUGAAUUCUAAUUGUUCUGGUUACAUUCCAAGCCGAAUGAUGCCUUAUUGUGUCAUAAUAUAUAACAGACGUCUGUGAAAUUAUCAUAUCACGGAGCGUGGUUGUGUGCUUUAUAGUUUAUGUUUUAGUCACGUGGUUUAAUUGAGGACAGUAUGAUGGGUGCACUAUUAUUGUUGAAGUUGUAUUGUCUCAUGGGAGUAAUCAUAAUUUAUAAGAGAACUUGAAAUAAAAUGAAAAUGAAAAUAGA